AUGAGGAUUCCUCGGUUGCUUUAUUCUCUUCUUUCUCUUGCUUUUUCCUUAUUCCUGCAACACUGUCCAGGACUCUAUAGCCUGGGGAAGGAGCUGCUGCUGGAGCAGCUGGCCCUGGAGUUUCGCACCUGGGUGGUAUUGAGUCCUCAGCGCCUGGAACUGGUACAGCUGCUAGGCCUGGCCGAUGUGUUCACCGUGGAGGAGAAGGCUGGCCGCAUCCACGCCGUGGACCACAGGGAAAUUUGCCACGCUGCCAUGCUGCGCUGGAAUCAGAUCCACCCCACCAUCGCGAUCCUUCCCACAGGCCGGAAAGUCGGCAGGCCCCACCCAGAUGUCCACAUCAUCCCCUACUCUGACCAUUCCCCCUUCUCGGAGCUUCGUGCCUUUGUUGCAGCGCUGAAGCCCUGCCAGGUGGUACCCAUCGUUGGCCAGCAGCCCUGUGAGGGCUACUUUCAGGACAGCCUGAGCCCCAGGUGCUCUGUGCCCCUGAUUCCAGACCCAGUACAGCAGUUCAUGCGUUCCUCCUCUAAAACACCCGGCAUUUUCUGGCUGCUGGAAAAGAGACUGAAGAGGCCAAGAAUCCAAGGGGUUGUGUUUGAAUCCCCUGAGAAAAGUGCUGAUCAAUCACAAACUAACAGAGACUCAAAGAGGACGAAGAAGGAAAACCAUUCCCCCCAGGCUGGGCUCCCCAAGAAGCCCUGUUGCCAUCCUCACCAGGUCAAGAAGCAGUUGUUCCCAGACUCUGGCAGCCAGGCACAGGAGGAGGCAGGCCCUUGCUGUGAGUCACAGAAGAUGGAGUCUGUGUUGAAUGCUCCCUUGGGAUUUUCGGUGCAGUUAAAGUUCACAGACAAGGAGUUUUUCUCUCUACAGACCCAGGAGGAUAUUGGUUUAGGGUCCCCCUUGAGACCUAGUAGAGACAACGGUCCCGUAGCCACAGAAAACCAAGAUGCCUGGACAGGUGGCGCUCCCCUUGGGAGCGGCAGCAGGCCUACCCCUCCUCCAGCCACUGAGCCCAGGGGCCUGGCACAGAAAUACCUGCUCACUCCAGGGAGCUUUUCCCAGGCAGGGUUCUCUUCCCAGAGCUUUGAUCAGCAAGUGGAAAAAUACCAUAAAUCUCUGGAGGACAGAUGGGGUGGUACACAGUGACAGUGCUGUUUGGGUUAGCAUUAAAAUUUUGUUUUUUUUUGUCAGUCAUGGGCCUUGAACUCUGGGCCUGGAUGCUG